CUGAAGGUGCUGGAUUAAAAAUGAAAGAAGUAUGAUCUCAAAUACUUUAAAGACCUUAAAAACACUAUUUAAUAUUAAUUCGCUAUUACGGGAACCUUUUUUUUUUUUCCUUCCCUUUCCGCAUAUGCAAAUAUACCUAAUUUAUAGAGCUUGAGAAGAAAAGAAAAGUGAGCAGCGUGUCGGGGGCCUGACGUCCUGCUGGGAAUGAAAGGGUUAUUAAAUACAGGCGCCCCAGCGGGGGGAUUAAAGCAGUGUGAUGGAGAGGAGGAGAGAGAAGCAAAGCCUCUCUCUCUCUCUCUCUAUCUAUCUAUCUCUCACACACACAUGCACAUACACACACGGUUCAUCCAGAGGGACUCCAGCAGUGACAUAAACCCUCUCACUCCUGCUGCUUCAGUCAUAACAGCCUGCCGGCGCAGGAGUGUGUAGCGCGGGCUGCUAGCCUAAGCAGAUUUCCGUGAGACUUUCUGCAUUGUGUGAAUCUGCAGCUUUGAUUUCAGUGCCAGAGCUCCGAGUUUAGGUUCACGUCCCAUCUGCUGAAGGCUCUAAAAUCCUCUAAAGUCCUCUACGGCUUCGCACAGUGGUCAUCCGUCCGGUUACAGACAGUUUAACAACGAUAAAAGCCCAGAUUUUUUUUUUUUUUUGUCCAUCCAUAAAACCUUGCCCAAAUGUAAGACUUUAAAAUUACAAAUAAAACUGAGACUUAGGGAACUUCAAUGUAAACUCUAUAGUCAAAGGUAGACACUUUUAUUAGGUAAAGAUUAUAUAAUAGCGAUAUGAAAGACUUGAGCUGAGUGCCAUAGCUUUGCAUACGCUUUGUACACUGAAAGGUGUAAUAAAAAUAAUAAUAAUAAAAAAAUUAAAUAAAUAAUAAUAAUUGGCACCGUUUAGUCGAAUGAGUCCACUUGUACAGUAUAAAUGGAACGUUACAAACAAAAAAAAAUGGAUCAAAUAAUAUAACUUAAAAGAAACCGUGUGGGGAAAUUAUUGGCCCCCCUAAAGAAUAUUUAUAAUAAAUCUAAGAACUUGAUUGUUUCCUUUGAAAACUUCCUGUUUCUCUGGGGUAUAAAUAUGAGGUUGCAUACAUGCAAAAUCACUUUGUUGUUUAUCACAGUGGGGAAAAUGAUUUGUAUAAAAGUAUCAAAUUGUAGCAAGGACGACCCUGAAGAUUUCAGAACGUCACUCGGGGGCAAAUAAUUUUGAAACAGUGUUUUACAAGGCAAGGGUGUAGCGCGAGAACAUUAUUAAUAUUAAAAAGAUUUCAAAAGCAUUACAACGGAUGAAGUUGAAGAUAUGUUUAAGAGGAAUGAUUAGUGAUUAAAAUAAAGAAAAUGUAUGAAACAUCGUGAAGACUUUAUUUAUUAUGUUUUAGGAAAUGUGUUGAAUGUGUGAUAUUAAAUUUUUUUUUUUUUUUAAAGGUGUAGAAUGAAUUAAAGACCAGAUGAAGAUAGAAAACUUAAGAAAACUUUUCUUUUUGUUUGUUUUAAUGAAAGUCGCCAAUAAUUCAUUUAUUCAUUUAUUUAUUUAUUAUAUAUAGUGUAUUUUUAUUUUUGUAAUAGAUGAUAGAUUAUUAUAACUGACCAUUGUUAGGUUGCAUUUUUUCAUAUAUAUAUAUAUAAAGCAAGAAUAACAUAUACUAUAUUAUAUUACAUUAUAUUAUAUGAUCUUUCAAAAAGUUGCUUAUUCUUUUAAAAUCAAAUAAAAUUAUUGUGUUACAAUGAUGUUAAAAGACUCCCAUAUGCAGGAUAAGCGAAGGCUGGAUCCCAAAUGCCUCCUUGUCGGCUAGUUGUGGCACUAAAUAGUGAGUAUAGCACAUUAUUUCCUGUCUUAUGAAGUGUCCCUACGUAGGGAGUAUCAAGAUAUUUGAGAGCCGUAAACUGCAAUUCGGGCAACCCCUUCUAAACACCGGUCUCUGAAUAGGGAAGUCCCUCCCUUUCCCUCAUCUAAUUGGUUAAAGUUCAAAGAUGCUCCGUUCUGAUUGGUUGAACGUGCUGUCCUGUUGUCGCGCGCGAGCCAGGAGUGAAGGAAAGGGGAGAAAAGGGGAGGGGGGAGAAAAUGGCCGCGUUUGGCUUCCGGUUUUUUCUUUCUCUCUCGCUCUCUCUCUUUUUUUUUUUUUUUUUUUUUUUUUUCUCUCGGGGGGCUGAAACUGACACACAAUGAGUCGGGAGGAACAACGGCCUGAGAAAACACGGCUUCUGUAAAUAAACACAACAACCAGCCGAGCCGAGGAACAUGGAGGAUCAGUGCACAGUACAGGUGAAACUGGAACUGGGCCACCGCGCUCAGCUGCGGAAGAAGGCCACAUCCGAAGGCUUCACACACGACUGGAUGGUGUUUGUGCGAGGGCCCGAGAACAGCGACAUCCAGCACUUUGUAGACAAAGUCAUCUUCCGCCUGCACGAGAGCUUCCCCAAGCCCAAGAGAGUGUGUAAGGAGCCUCCGUAUAAAGUAGAAGAGUCCGGAUACGCAGGAUUUCUAAUGCCUAUAGAGGUCUACUUUAAGAACAAGGAGGAGCCGAAAAAGGUUCUCUUUAAUUACGACCUCUUCCUGAACCUGGAGGGCAACCCGCCUGUCAAUCACCUGCGCUGUGAGAAACUCACCUUCAACAACCCGACCCGAGACUUCCGCAAGAAACUGGUCAGAGCUGGAGGAAUCAUCGUGGUGCCCGAGGGGGCGGAGUUGGUGUCCAGGCCGAGUCCAGACUACCCCAUGCUUCCCACAAUCCCUCUCUCCGCCUUCUCCGACCCCAAGAAGAGCAAAAGCUCACAGGGACCCAAGGAGCUCACUAAAGAUAACAGCGGCAUUUCUAAAGCCCCCAAACCACACAAACUGGCCAAGGAGCACCGCGAGCGUCCACGGAAAGACUCGGAGAGCAAGAGCUCCUCUAAGGGAGAUGCAGACCGAGACGGUGGCAGCAGCAAAGGCAGCCGUGAACCUUCAUCUUUCUCCUCAUCCUCCUCUUCGAAGAAGCCCGAGAUCAAAGUAAAAGAAGAGAGCAAAGCUCCACCCAAAGCUGCUUUCAAAGAGCCCAAGCUGACGCUGAAGGAGCCCAAGAUGGAAGGAACGAGUCCUAAAGGAGGCGGUCCGGGUGGAGGAGGAGGAGGAGGAGGAGGAGGAGGAGGUGGUGGAGGAGGGGGAGGAGGGGGAGGGGGAGGGACAGAGAGCAAAUCGGCGAGCAAGCGCCCUUCCAAUGCCGACUCGCCCAAAUCCAGCAUUAAGAAGCCCAAAAAGGGAGGUGGAGAAAGCCAGAAAAGUUCAGGAGGCGGGGUUUUUCCAGGCACCUCCCCUCGCGUCUCGUCGUCCUCUACCUCCUCCUCCAUGGCUCCAGCUACGGGUUUUGGUGAGAAGAAGAGCUCAAAGCAAAGAGGUUGCUGGAUCAAGAGCAAACCCGAGACCCCAGAGGUCAAAGAGCAGAAGAAGGCGCCCGAGUCGGACGAGUCGAACUCUGACGACGAGCUCUCGUCCAAGUCUGAGCAGUCGGCUCCCUCGAGUCCGUCGAACUCCAGCUCCAGUUCGGAGUCCAGCUCUGACUCUGAUUUCGAGCCGCAACAGAAACAAGGCCAAGGACCUCUGCGCUCCAUGGUGGAGGACAUGCAGUCCGAGGAGUCUGACGAAGACGACAGCAGCUCGGACGACGAGACGCCGGUGAAGAACAACCCCCCUAACCGUGACUCCAGGCUGAGUUUAGACAGCGAGAGUGACAGCAGCGACGGACCACACCGACCCGGCCGAGACCCGCCGCCCCCUGCGCCCAAACACACCUCCGCCUCCAAUAAUAACAAUAAUAAUAAGGUGACGGGGAGGAAAAGCCCCGACCCGUGUCUGAGGCAGGAGAAGGUUAUGAAGAAGGGCUACGACAAGGUAGGAAGGGCUUACACAGAGGAGUUAGUGGACCUCCAUCGCAGACUAAUGGCACUGAGAGAGCGAAAUGUCCUACAGCAGAUCGUGAACCUGAUCGAGGAAACGGGCCACUUCAACGUCACCAACACCACGUUCGACUUCGACCUGUUCUCGCUGGACGAGUCGACCGUGCGCAAACUGCAGAGCUACCUCGAGGCCACGGCCACGUGACAGGAAGCGGGGCGGGUCCGAGGCGGGGGCGGAGCUCGCCCUCAUUCUCCGCACCGGGCUUGAGGGUGGGCUCAAAGGCGCGGCUGGAGGUAAAAGGAAAAAAUUGAAAGAAAGGAAGAAAAGCGGCGGCGUGAACGGAAUCCACAGCGACGAGUCGUGAAGACGAAGAGACACUGAGAGAGAGAGAGAAGGAGAAGGAGGGAAGUCACGAUGGAGUCGGAGCGGCGCUUCCUGUCGACGUGGUGACGUCCUGAGCGCUGUGUGACGAAGAGCACGGCCGUCCUCUCGCUUUUCGGGUUUGCUCACGACGCAAACCACAGCCUGCUAAAGAGUGUGUGUAUGAAGUGUGUGUGUGUGUAUGAAGUGUGUGUGUGUGAGAAGUGUGUGCGUCCUGUCCUUUUUUUCAUGCUUCCUUCUCUCCUCUUCCUCCAGCACUCGAGCGUUCGCCCUGAAAGUAGCCAUGCUCUCACACCCUGCUCUUUUUUAAUAUUUUUUUAUUUUUGUACAGAAGUAUUUUUGAUGGAGGGAGACAUGAACAAGACGUGAGAGAUGAGCGAAUGUACGUUUCUUUUGUCGCCUAGGGCUAGCGCUUAGUGCCUUUUACCACCAACCAGCCGACUGCCUGCGUUCAGGAGCAGUGUCGAAAGCUGUCAAAAGCGUCAUGUGGCCCUCGGUGUUGCUGACGAAGCGCACACACACACACACACACACACAAACACACACACACACACACCCACGCAUCCUCCUUUCUCCACGCCUGACCCCUGCAAAACUAGUGUUUCCCUCCGACCGCGUCCUCUUUAAACCCGGAGCUCGGCGUCUCCCGGUUUUUCGCCAGUGAGUAUUAACGACUGUGUUUGCCAAGUAGGCCUUUUAGAGACUCCUUGAAUAUUGUACAUAGAUGUGUGCAAUGUGUGGAAGUAUUCGGGGAUCAUGUUAAAUUUUAUUUUUUAAGGGUUUUUGCGUCUCGUCACGUCUGGAUCGUGUUUAAACGGAGAGAGAAAAAUCAGUGGAGAAAGACGUCCAGAGAGGCCGGGCUGUCCGUUAAAUGACGUCUCGUGGCCGCGAGAUCAUAAAAGCCGAAGCUAAAUUUGGUUACCGAUUAAUAAGUGAAGCCGAACAGUGGGUGGCGCAAUUUUUUUUUUUUUAGGAUUAUCAGCGUCGCUCGGAUUGAACCGCACGGUUCGUUUAAAUCAGCACACGUUAAUGUGUCAGCGUUUUUACACGAGCGUCAAUUUGUUUGAAUUUUGUAUCUUUUGAUUAUCUUAACGGCGUAAUUUACAACGUGACACAUUUUAACUCGUGACCUAGCUCGGAGACGUCACGCGACGUCGGAGAGAACCGGAACCGGGAAAACGACUCGGUUAAUAAUCGACUAGUCUGAGGUCGUUGCUAUGGUUAUGUCUCGGAGGGCGGUCCUUCUUCGCUUCCUCGCUAUGCCGCUUUUGAUAGUAGUCUAUAGAUGCUGUAACGUCUAGCGCCGAACGGUGCAGCGGCGAAGCGUAAGAGCACCGCUCGUCGAUUCUUGUCGUCAUGAUUACGUUCCCACAUGGUCACACGUCAUCGCAUCGCAUUCGAGGUUUCGUGAUCUCAGACCCGGCUAGCCAGUGAGAAACGAGUGUCUGCCCUCCGCACAAUGGAAAGAAUUCACUAAUCGAUGUGAGUUAGCUGAGGCUGUGUCUCAAAUCGCACGCGGUACACGCCUGAUUAUAAAAAUCUUUACGACGUGCGAAAGUAGAAGACCGUAUUUGCGCGUGACGUUUGUUGUUUGUUUCAACGGUUCAUUAUAGGGCAGACGGACGGACGGCGCUACGUUCACGUUUCGGAGGAAGGAAGUCGCAGACAUCGUCGAUGCCUCUGAUGACCGUACGGGGCUAGUACAGUUAGCUAGAUGUAUAACUACUUAGACGUUUCUCAUCUGCGGACAGGCCACGCCCUACACGAGCGCGACUAGUCACUUGCUAGCUUGAACGGAGGGCGUGGCUACAAGCGCCGCCCCCUUUCGUACUGAUGGAUUUGUCCAUGUCUUUUACUGUACACCCGACGGUUUUGUCGACCCAAACACUGCCCAGUUGUCCUGUCGUGCACUAGCUGUGUGAUUUGAUUGAGACACGUUACGCGCACAGUAGGAAGUAGUUACGUUAAGAGGAAGCGGUCAUGAUCUGAGGAUAACGAGACGUGCAGCCUCUCUGGACAUCUACAGCGAAGAGCGAGGAGAAAUCUCGAGUCUUUCUUUCUUUUUUUUUUUUCCCCCUCUCACUGUGUCUCUCGUGUUUAUCUUCUUUAUUCUCCACGACUGGCGUUCAGCUUUCUGAUGCUAAUAGCUUAGAGAGGCUCAACACCCCCCCCCCCCCCCCGACGCCCUUUCCUUAACCCUGCGUGUGCGUGAGUGUGUGUGUGUGAGAGAGAGAGAGAGCGCGUGUGUGUAUGGUUUCACGACUGACUGUUCCAUCACUAUAGAGUUUUUUUUUAUGAUUUAAAAACUCAAUCGUGUGUGUGUGGGAUCUGAUAUCGGAUCUGAGCUGUCUCCGUGCGUGCGUGCGUGCGCGCGCGUGUGUGUGUGUGUGUGCAAAUCAUCCAGUCCUCUAUUGUGCAUGAACUUUUGACUCCCCCAAGCCCGGGUUCAUGAACUCUAACUUUUCGACCGGACGCUUUGAAUCAUAAAAGGGGACGGGUCAUGGGGGGUGGGGAAAGGGGGGGGGGUGCAGAAGUGGGCGGGGCUACGUGGAGUCCGAUUGACGUCUCUGUGAGAAGUGACCCCGAGACCAGUCAGCGUGUGUUUUUAUGUUAAAUAUUAGGUUAUAUUUUUUAAUUUGUAUACCUCUGCACUUUUUUUUCGGCUGUGGUGACUCGAGUACUUAAUUAUCUGAACUGUAUUUUUAAAGAAAAAUUUAUACGAUAUUUACAUGCAAUAUGCUUUUAAUUGUUUUUUUGUUUUGUUUUCUAUCGCUAUUACUUCACGUCGGCAUGUUCGUGACUGCAGGUUAGGCCCCGAGACUGUUAUUUUUUUUAAUUAUUAUUUUUAUUUUUUAUUUCGGUUGGAAUUAUCUUCCUGCGGCGCCUCAGAAUCCACUACGAGCCUCGACGAGCAAAACCGUUCCCCCGGGUGACGGAGCGGACGCCGCCGCACUGUGCAGCACUCAUCCGAACGUACUUGUGUGAAUUAUGCUAAAAAGGAGCAUUAAACACUAAUCCUCUCUUUUCUUUUCAUUUCAUUUCUUCUUCUCCACGUUCACAUGGACUUUCCUCAAGGAAACCGGGAUCCGAACUCGCGAGCCUCUGCUGUCACUUCCCCAGUAUACAGUAAACGUACCGGACGUCACGUCAUCGAUCACCCUACCGGUUGCUCCUUUCCCUCCGGACGCUCUCGCUCGGGGCGUCCUGGGAUAUCACUCGGAGACCGAGAGAGAGUUUUCUCGUGCCAGUCAGUGCUUCUCUGUUUGUGUUUUUGGGGAUUAAACAUGUUCGGACUAUG